AUCCUUCUCAAUCUUCCCGUUACGACGCUCUAACAUCCGAUCUUGCUUGGACUGUGCCAUCUAUCUGAUCUUUCCAUCUCAAAUCUGAUCUUGAUCUUGGGGUAGCCAUCAAGAGCAAGUCUGAAUGAGCGCAUCUCUGGGAUGGAAACAAACAGAACCGAAGACUUCCCUUCGCACUGGAAAGCAACACUCCUCGGGGAAGCUUUCUGGAAAGACGCAGAGCGGUUCAACCAGCCCGUCCACGACAGCAUCGAAGCAAGUAAGUUCCUCCUCCUCCAUGCCCAAGUUUCCUUUCACUUGACUGCUGCAAGACUGCCGCCUAUCGAAGACGUCGCGAAGGAAGUAGAGGUUGAAAAGAAGCAGCGCCGUCGCUUUAGCAUGAGCGAUGCGCUGAGUUUGAAUCCGUUUUCUCAAAGCCGUCUCUUCGACUUUAGCAAACGUCAGCGCUCUCAGUCUCGCUCUCCCACCCGAGCCCCGAGCAUCUCAUCAGAAACUCGCCGUCGCCGCUUCCGCACUCCCUUCAAUAUGGCGAAUAGCAGGAGGAACGAGAAGAUCGAGUCCGAGCCAGGAACACCAGCAAGACCUCUCAUAUACUUCCGCGGCGGAGCAACCUGGAACCACCUCCCGAAGGACCUGACCGCGUUAGGAAUCGAUGUCUUCUGGCCCGUCAAAGAGGGUCAGGACGUCGAGGAGAACAUGCUCAACAUUGAAGAAAUGGCCCCGCUUUGCCAGUUUCGCAACCUGCGCGUGCUGAAAAUCACGGGGAUGAUACAGUCGUACCAGAAGUAUAUCUGGCAGGCUGCCUGGCUCAACACUGACCUCGAGGAGCUAGAGCUGGGGAUGGCGCUUGAGCCUCGGAUCCGCCGCAGGGCUAGUAAGAGAUGGCCCUAUAUCAAAGGCGGCUGGAUGCUCGAUCAAUCACAUCAUAGCGAGCCGGUCUACCACGGCCACGCAGGCGACGGAACCCUUGACCCCAAAAUCGGAGCCGCCGAAUACCUCGACAAGACCGCCAUCGAGAAAGCUAAAGUCCGCGCCAUGGUCAUGGGUCGUACGCUGAACCGCCUCUCCAUCAAGACGCUGAUCCUGACGGGCUUCGUCGUCGACGCUGACCCCUUUAUCCACUGGUUCAACCCUAAGCAUCUCAAAUGCAUAAACUUCAAGGAUUUCUGCGUUGACGCCGGCUUCUAUCUCCCCUGGCCGAUGAGAAAGGUGGCGAUCCACUACCCGCGCGAUGUAUCGACGGAGCCGGUGCCCGCUCGCAGGAUCGACCCGCUCAGAGAGUUGAAGGUUAUCGAGCUAAAAGGCGGGAAGAAAGUUGGGGAGAUGCCGUUCCGUGGUUCUGAGAGCCUUAAGCACCAUUCUCUGCGUAACCCGUUCCGGAAGGCCUCCGUGAAGAAGCGAGACACAGAUGAGUAUCAGGGUAGAAGGGCUAAUCAUUAGCACAGACAGUAUCCUUUACCCUUUCUCAAGGUUGCAGUCUAGCCUGAGUCUGGGUCAUAG